AGAAAAGUAUUAUAUACUAUUAAUUUACUACAUACUAUUAGCUUGCAGGACAAGUCUUAUCAAUUGAUAAAAGGGGGCAGAAUCUAGGACUUCGCGUUCUCGUUAAGACAAGAGUGAAAACUAGACAGAGAAAGUAAAGAUCGAUGAGCUCGGUUGAAAAAGCGGCGGCGGUAGAGAAUGGAGAGUGGCGGCAACGACGGUUGGGCCCGAAACAAGGAAGUGUGUUCCCAAAGGAGCGAAAAUUGGUGAAGACAAUGAUCUUGGAGGCUCUGUUUUCAUCUCGCCCUUCUUUGAAGUCCAAGCAGAUAACAAAAACGCCGUGUAGCAAGCGCGUCCAGCCCACGCUCCGGUAGCCUCCAAGUGAUAUUCUACUUUUUAUUGGAGUAAAGAAGAAAUCAAUUUGGAUCGGAAACUAGAACAAGUUAAAUUAGUCUUCUCCCCGUAAUUUCCUCUCCUCUCUCUGUCUCUCAUGUAAGAUCAUUUGCGUUCUUUGCUUUAUGUAAGAAAAAUAUAGAUGCAUGUGCUAUUAAUUUUGCUUGUUUCUUUGGGUUUCCAUAUUUGAUUCCUCGUGUAUUCGUGUUAAUUUUAGAUUCAUAAUUUUACAACGUCUGAGAUUUA